AUGGCAGCUAAUCUAGCAGCGGAACUAACCCAGCACCUCAACGGACGACAUCUCUACCCUACCGCGGCUUGGUUGCAGAGCUUCCUCUCCACGACGCGUCCAAACACGCCACUGCCUGCUAUCAAGCAGACAGCCGGCUUCAGACUCCUCGCAACCGACAUCACAACAACAUUGAAUCCCCCUCAACAUGCAGUGUUUCCCCCAGAUAUUCUGAGGGGCACUGUGCAGUCCCGCAUCAUCCCAGGACCCGUGGUGUGCCAGUUGCUCGAUGUUGAAGACAUUGGCAACUCGCGGUGGUCCCAAGUCGAAGCUAUCGAGUCGAAAGAGCGUGGAGAGACAACAAAGGGAAGAGAAGUCGUAAGAGUGGUUGAGCAGGAGAACGACGAUCCAUCUGCGGCUGUCGCGCCGAUCCACAGCAAAGGCCCAUUCAAGCUGCUACUCCAGGAUGCAAAAAGCUUGAAGAUGUACGCAUACGAUAUCAGGGGUAUCGACGGACUUAAUACAAACAUCGCCAUGGGAACGAAGCUCGUGUUGCGGAACUUCGACGUCCGACGAGGGGUGGCCAUGCUUGAACCAGGUAAUGUGCAGAUCCUUGGUGGCAAACUCGAAGCGCUCGACAAGGCUUGGAAGGAGGGUCGAAAGGAGAGGCUGAUGAACGCCGCGAAGGCUGAGGGUGAAAUUUCGGGGUAG